AUUCAACAUGGACCCACCAUAUUCGGCCGAAGAGAGUGCUCGGGCGAGUCGUUUGUGUCUGUGGUGUACGGCUUGUCAAACGCACGCCUCGCCUAGCGACGAUGUGAUGCCGCCGAAGAGGAUCGUCUGACAGUGCGCGGGUGCAAGAUUUCGCAUCGCAGACUCCGCGACUCGGAGCAGAGUUUUUGGGGCAUCUCCUAUGAGUGUGUUUUCUCGUCGGAUCUGAUCCCGUGUGGAGCAUAACGCGAUGGCUGGGCAGCAUCGGAAGCAACGUGGUUUACGAUGGAUCGUGAUUGCCGUCUCCUACGCGCUCAUCGGCGUCUUCAGCACCGUUAAAGGUGUAGGAGUAAGCUUUGCUGAAUUCCAAUUCCUGGAGGAGCCCUCAGAUACUGUUGUCUCCAAAGAUGGCCCUGCACUGCUCAACUGUUCCGCAGCAGGCGACCCCAAGCCCACUAUCUCCUGGAAGCGUGAGGGCACGCUGCUACACCUCAUUAACGACCCUAGAAGGUCCAUUCUGUUGAAUGGUUCCCUGCACUUUAGGAGCGUUCACCACACGAGAGCUGAACGUCCCGAUGAAGGAGUGUACCAGUGUGUCGCUACCAUACCUAAUGUUGGUACCAUGCUCAGCAGGUCAGCAAAGCUCCAAGUGGCUGCUUUGCCGCGGUUUGAUGAGCAGCCGCGGGACCUGCGGCUGUUCACGGGCCAGACAGCGUACUUCCCGUGUUCGGCAUUUGCCCUGCCCCCAGCGGAUGUUAUUUGGCUGAAGGAUCAGCAGCCACUGCAGUUGGACCCUGCACGUAUGCUGGUGCUGCCCAGUGGUGCCCUGGAGCUGGACGCUGUGCAGACAACCGAUGAAGGGGCCUACCAGUGCAGUGCCCACAAUGCUGACCGCAACCGUGUCUCAUCUGCUGGAAACCUCUUUGUCAGCCUCUCCUUUGAUGAUGCAAAGAAGAUAUCAGCACCGACCUUUGUGGCAGCACCAAAGAGCAUCGUGGCUGUGAAGGGGUCAAAUGUGACCCUGGACUGUGCAGCUAAUGGAAACCCACGUCCAAAUCUCACCUGGCUCAAAGAUGGUGUCACCAUAGACAUGUCACUUCUAGACAGCAGGUUCAGGAAAGUAGGGGUGGGAAGCUUACAGAUUGAAAGCAUCCAGGAAGCCGAUGAAGGCACGUACAUGUGUCGAGCUGAGAACCACGAAGAUUCAGUUGAUGCUAGUGCCACCGUGGAAGUUCAUGUUCCUCCGAGGUUCACCAAGAAGCCAAAGAAUAAGGUUGCGUACGAAAAAGAAGACGUUGAGUUCGAAUGCGAAGUGUAUGGGAAGCCAGACCCAGUGGUGCAGUGGUAUCACAACGGAGAGGCAAUCAUUCAGAGCGAGUACUUCCAAAUUGUCAACGGAAACAGCCUCAGGAUAUUGGGUCUGGUUGAUGCAGACAAGGGCAUCUACCAGUGCAUUGGCUCUAACCCUGCUGGCAACAUACAGACUGCAGUACAACUCAUCGUUUUGGGCCCUGAAUCUCCUCGCCCUGCUACCCAUGCCACUUUCACUACUCCCUUGCUGGAAACCUCAGGCAACCUGCAAAGAAGCAAGGACGUCCCAUCGGCACCACGUGACGUGACGGCACGCCUCGUGUCGACACGCUUUGCCACACUGUCGUGGAGCGUCCCCGAGAGAGUGGAAGGGCACAUCCUGGCCUACUCGGUUUACUACAGGGAGGAAGGCUCCACACGGGAACGUGUCCUGAACACCACAAGGCAGAGUCUAGAGGAAAUCAUCAUUCAGGGACUGCGACCAUCCACCAAGUACUACUUCCGUGUGGUUGGCUACAAUGAACAUGGACCAGGUGAAAGCUCACCAGAGCUUGAGGUGGAAACAAACCCUGAAGUGAGCAUCCCUGGGCCACCACGCAGCCUGAAAGCAAUUCCAGUGUCAGCCACGGCUAUACGCGUCUACUGGGAGGCACCAGAGAGCCGUAAGGAGGUGGUUCAACACUACCAGCUCUCCUAUCAGGAGACCGGUACCACGGAGGACGAGGAGAAGAGAGUUACCACCACGGACACGUGGUACCACCUGAGGAACCUGAAAAAGUACACGGAAUACAACAUUUGGAUCACGGCAGUAAAUCAAAAUGGCUCGGGCAUCAGCUCCGAGGAGACACUCGCAAGAACCUUCUCGGAUGCACCUUCCGACAUACCACAAAAUGUAACACUUGAAGCAGCCAGUUCCACUAGCAUUAUAAUCAGGUGGGAACCCCCGCCAAAGGAGUCCCAGAAUGGCAUCAUAACAGGCUACAAGAUCAGAUACAAGCUGAAAGGUAGCCGAAGGGGAGACACCAUUACCACUGAUGGAAACAGGAGGCUGUACGCCCUGUCUGGACUGGAGAAAGGUGCCCAGUACAGUGUCAAAAUUGCGGCCCUGUCUGUAAAUGGGACAGGACCAGCCACGGAUUGGAUGACAGUGGAGACGUAUCAGAAUGAUCUCGAUGAGUCCCGAGUACCCGAUCAGCCAAGUGGACUGCGAGCGAAGCCAACGUCGACAAGCAUCUUUGUUAGUUGGGCACCUCCUCGAAAUCAGGACAUCAUGAUCCGUGGCUACACCAUCGGCUGGGGCAUAGGCCUGCCCGAUGUCUACACCAAGGUGCUCAAUGGGAAGCAACGCUACUACACCAUUGAGAACUUGCAACCUUCCAAUGAAUAUGUGAUCAGCGUGAGAGCUUUCAAUCAGAUUGGUGAUGGCCAGCCGAUAUAUGAAACUGUGAAGACACUCAUUGAAUCAACCCCAGAGCCUCUGGUUCCAAUGCUGCCACCCGUAGGCCUCAAGGCUAUUGUGCUGUCACCCAACACAGUCGUUUUGUUCUGGAGUGACAGCACCCUCGCCAGUAGCCAGGUGAUCACGGACAACCGCUUUUACACGGUGCGCUACAAGGGCCACGGACAGCCCAAGUACCGCUACUUCAACUCCACAAACCUCAAUUGCAUGAUCGACGACCUGCGGCCAAACACUCUCUACGAAUUCGCCGUGAAGGUUGUCAAGGGUCGCCGGGAAAGUGCCUAUAGUAUGGAUGUCCUCAAUACUACACAGGAAGCAGCACCUUCAAGUCCACCGCGAGACCUUACUGUCGUUCCGAGCGAGGACUCUCCAACGACUGUGAAUCUUCAUUGGCAGCCUCCUAAGCAGCAAAAUGGCAUGGUUACAGGUUACGUGAUCCUGUACACAGCCGACAACUCGCAAAAAGACCGGGAUUGGGUUGUAGAAGCCGUGGUCGGGGAUCGCAUGAGUGCUGUGAUCAAAGGCCUCACCACAGACACCACCUACCACUUCAAGAUCCAGGCCCGGAACAGCAAGGGCUAUGGCCCACUCUCGUCCGAGGUGGUCUACCAUACAGGCAAGAGUGGGAUCUCGAACAACGUUCUGUACAUUGCGAUAGCAUCAGGCUUCACAGUCAUCUUGCUUAUCCUGAUUGUGAUCUGCUACAUGAUGUGCCGACGGCGCCAGGGCUACAUUGGUCCAGUGAAUAGUAAGACGUAUGCGAGUGCAAAGGGUGUAGCCGCCAAGGGGGGCAAGGGAGCGACCAAGGACCUGAAGCCACCCGACCUGUGGAUCCACCAUGAUCAGAUGGAACUCAAGGCCAUGGACAAGAGCAGCAACCCAGAGGCAGCCAUGACAGCCACUCCCAUAUCACGAAACUCCCAGGAGAUCUCCGAGGAGCACAUUGGCACCCUCGACAAGAAGAAAAAUUCGGGCGGUGGCUACAUGGACCAGUUAAGCAGCGACGACAGUGGCAAAACCGAUAAGCCACUCUUACCGAAAUCUUCACGCACUAAGCCCAUGAUGUUACCACUCGACUCUCGGAAGUCGCUGCCCAAUUCUAGUAAAGCAUCCAUGGGUCCAGCUGCUGUUUCCAAUGGCAGCAUGAAUGCCGGUUUAGAAGGCAGCUCCAUUAACAUGGGCCGUCCCAUCUAUCCAAGGACCCAGUACAACAUACCUCGGGCACACGUCACCAUCGAUGCAAUGCAUUCAGGUCACGAAGGUCCAAGCCCCCAGAAGUCGGGCCUCAUGGGCUGCGGGAACCCCACCUACGAGCCUGUCUUGAACCCAGGCAUGAGCCACCCUAGUAGCUCGGCUUUGGGGACAGGCCAGAUGCCAGCCUACAGCAACGCCCUGAUGGGAACCGGGGGCGGGCCGCUGCUUUCGCUAAGCUCGGCUCCUCCCCUCGGCCCACCCCCCUUGGGGCCGCCACCCUCUGCAACUGCCGAGACGACAGGAACACUGACCAAGCGGGUGCAUGCGGGGAAUCCCCUCAAAAGCUUCAGCGUGCCUGCACCGCCCCCUCAAAGUGCGCCGUCUACACCCCAGCCAAAGCACAUGGUAGUACGACCACAGCAGGUAACUGGUAGUCCACACAAGAAAGCCUCUGUGGCCACGUCCACAUCUUCCGGGGGUCCCUCGAGCAAGCAGAGCCCCGGCCGACAGUCGGCGCUCAAGUCUCGCGUAGUAGCCUCACCGCGCAGCAUCAACAGGGACGCGUCGUCUUCCGCCUCCACCACUCACACGCCCAAGAAGGAGGAAGACUUGGCCUCACCCUUCAACAAUGAAGAACUCACACAAGAAAUGGCAAACCUCGAAGGCCUGAUGAAGGACCUCAACGCAAUAACAGCAUCGGAGUUUGAGUGCUAAUUAAGUAACCGACUAUGGUCAAAUGACUCUUAGUGGUGCGUUCACCAAGGACUCAGUACAGUGAACUUCACGAGCAGACUGUGUUCAGCCACCAAGCUUUCCGAGGACGGCAAGCAGCACCAUCAUCUGUGGCACGAGAGACAGAGUUCGCAGUGUGCCAUACAGCGGAGAGCAUCUGAAAAUUCGCCAUUA